AAACUUAAACGUUCAGUUGAUCACUGUUGAAUUCGUUCCACUGCAGGUGCUCUUCGCUCUGAAGUCCGAAGAGAACAUAUCGUGGAUGUAAUGCAGAAACCAGGGGAGGAAAAUGGUCGCUAGGACAGUGUAAGGAACCUUGUGCAUGCAGAAGUCCAAAGUUUGAGUCCAACUUCUUGCUCCAUGUUGCUCUAUUAGAAGAGACUGAGCUGCCCAGAAGGACAACCAUGAAGAGGAACAAGCAGAUCGACAUCAAGCGUGCCCUCGCUCUGGCUGGCACCUUUAACUUCCUGUGCUCUUGUGCCGAUGCCUGCCUACUCCCCUUCCUCACCCUGUACUUCAGACAGCUGGGCCUGACUCCCGUGAUGACGGGCAUCAUCAUGGGCACUAAACACCUGAUAUCACUGGUGUGGAGCCCCAUGUCGAGCCUGAUCUCCAAACACUACAACAAGAGGCAGGUGGUGAUAAACGGCUCUCUCGUGUGUUCGGUAGUGGUGGCUCUGGUUCUGCUGCUCAUCCCUCCUGCGGAUGUGCACACUCAGAGCAGCACCUGUAACAUGACUAACGUGAGCAGCAGUCCAGUCCAAAGUGUCCUCGGUGAUGACCUGCUCAUGAGUAGCGUUGGACCUGAAGCAUCAUCGACUACCACUUACCCAAAAGAUCGUGUCUCCCAGCCUGGCGUCACGCUUCCCACAAAGACACUUGCUGAUACUAAAUCUGCUCCUGUCACGAAGAACAAAACUUCACUCUCUCAGCAUGAUGAGGAUAAAUCUCACCCUCACCUGAAACAGGAGAAUGUUGACGUUGUGGUCAACGACAGUCAACCGCUGGUCAGCACCUCUGUUGUUCAUCAUACCACCAGCUACUCAGCAACUGCAGUGAGGAAUAGGAGGUCAAACCCAAAGUCUGGAUCUGAAGACCUGCAGGGAGAAAAGACGACAGAGGAGGAUAGCCGUUUUGACUUUCUGGGCAGCCUGAAGGUCAUGGACACUGAGCACCAACUCUUCUUCAUGGUACUAAUCAUUGUCUCUGCGUGGGAGUUGGUGUCAGCCCCUCUGGAGUGGACGGCAGACGACGGAUUCUAUGAGUAUCUAGACUUUGCAGAUUCUUCAGACCGAUACAGCAGCACUCGGCUGUGGAGAUUACUGGGAGCAGCGUGUGGAGUUGGAGGAGCGGGAGUGCUUGUCAGCCAGUUGAGCUGUCUUAUAGCCGGUCAGACCACCAGGAGCACGGUGCAUUUCUACUGCUAUGCUGGCUUGGCAGCUCUUGCCCUGCCCGCAGCCGCCUACCUCCCCCUCUACCUGAACAAAAAGCGAGACAGGGCCAACGGGCUCCUGAAAGCCGUGCAACUGGUGCGCGGCUCCCCCCGCGCUCUUCUCUGUGCUGUCACCACCCUGCUGGUUGGGCUGUCAGGCUCGGCCGUGGAUAACUUCCUCCUGUGGCAGAUGCAGGAUCAUGGGAGUGACGAGCUGCACAUGGGGUUGUCUCUAGCCCUUGCUCUGCUCUCUCAGGCUGCCUUCCCUCUGCUGGCCGGCCGAGUGUCCAAACUCCUCAGCCCAGGAAGGGUGCUUGCACUGGGGGCCGCAAGUCUCUGCCUACAGUGCCUCUAUUACUCCUUCCUCUGGGCACCAUGGGCCGUGCUGCCUGCUCAGGUGUUGAGCUGUUUCAGCAGUGGAGCCGUCUGGUGGGCUGUGAAUGUCCAGUGCGAGGAUGUUGCCACGCCAGGGACUGAGAGGAGUGUGAGGAGGGUGUUAAGUGCACUCUCUGCACACCUGGGAAGUGGGCUGGGGAGCUUUGCUGGAGGGUUCGCGGCGCAGAGGUUCGGGCUGGCGUGGCUGUUCAGAGGAGUAGCAGCGGGUCUGAUGGUAUGGUGUGUGUGUCUGCUUCUGCUCCUGUGGAAGGCCCCUCGCCAGCGCAGGAUUAACUACUCUCGCCUUUUGGCGGCUGAUGCGAGUGAGGCCAGUGACUCUGAGUCUGAACAGGAGAGAGACUGGCUCGAUAAAGCGAUGGAAGACAACAGAAGCAAUAACAACUAUGGAAGGAGGAUAAACCACUGAAUUCCACCAUGUGAGAGUACAAAGGGACACAGAGAAAAGUGCAGUGGAUAAAGGGGAUUAACCUUCACAGAAUAAUUUCCUAUGGAAAUAGGAAUUAUGAUUACCCACCAGGAUGACACUAUCCUUUAAAGACAUGUCAAUCUUUAUCAAGUUCCAUGACCAAAAUAAUUGAUUUUCUACCCUGACAGGUUUAAUUAAAAUCUAAGUGUUGACUUUGACUCUCAUUACUGCAACUUCUUUCAUCAGAAUUACAUUUUUGUGGCACCUCAUCUGUCUUGCCAGUUUAUCAUUCUGCCAGUGUCAGCUGUACUGAUGAACUUGGGGAUUGGACUCUGGGCCAUUCAUGCCUAUACAAAUUCACAUUUGCAUAAGCAAUCAUUCCAUUAUGAAGCAAACAAGAUAGCAGGAUUAUGGGUGGGCAGAAGAAGGAUUCCCACCAGGGAAGUUUAACAGCUUAGGCAUCAUCACAAUAACACUGAAGCCUUUUACACAGAGUGUAAACACAAGACGUAUGCACAAGGUGAGGCUAAACCAGACUGACAUCCUGUUUCACCACCACACCUUAACACUCUGUUUAUCUGAUGGAAAAGUGGAUGACUGACUGCUGUCAGUUAUUAUAUUUGUGCCUUUUUUUGAAACUGUGAAUGAUAAAAUGAUGAUGAUGAUUAUACAGUAAAUGAUUGUGUAUUUAACUGCAGUGAGCUCAGCAUGUUAAAAUUAUUAUUAUGUUUAUGCUGGUGUCUGCAAAUGCAUGCGGGACAGUUGGAAGGCAUAUGUGUUUUCUAAAUCUCUGUCAGAAAAAUGUUGUCUAACCUGUAUCCUUAGGUGGAUUAUUGCUUAGUAAACCUGAUGUCAAAUGGUCAGUUUCAAACUAUCAGGAAACACAUUCCAAAGGUGCAAUAUGUAAGUUCUGUCACUACAUAGCCAAUGUUAGCAUUAGCAGCUUUACUUGUCUAGAAGAUACAUUGUGAGUUCAGCAUCAAACUUCAUUUCUUUACUCACCAAAAGCUGUCUCCAGUGGUGGAAAGAAACACCAGUGUUAAGUUCUGUUUUGCUUCUGUUUCUAUUAGCAUGCCAGCCAUCUAGCCAUAGCUCUUCCUGUCUCAUAAAACCACUUUGUGAUAGUGAGUCACUGUAGAAUCCAGUCUGCUCUCAGUCCAACAUUAUAGGAUAAAGAAGUUGUGCUGCUCAGAGGAUGUAUAGCCUUGUAGAAGAUAAAGAAGGUAUAGUCUUGUAGAUGCAAUGAAGUAAAUAGCUGUUAAUGCUAAAGUUGCCUUUGUAGCAUCAGCAAAAACUUAUAUAUUGCACCUUUAAACAAAUGUCUAGAUUUGUAUGAAAGUACAAAUGUUAAGUUCUGAUGCAAUUCUGUGCAAUGAGGUCAUAUUAAAACUGAUAAAAGGGUUCCCUAAUGUAA